AAUUUCUAAAUAGCGCUCACUGCUCACCACCUGGGAUGGCAACGGAGAGCGGCACCUGUAACGUCGCCAGAAGAAGAAACCGCGUCCACUUCAUGUCGAGCUCCGUCUCUCACUAGCCCCAAAAAUGAGCAGUGGUGACGAAGUUCAGAUUGUCGCGGUGACAAAUGCUAGAAGAAAACGGAGACGUGCGGAAGACGAUGUGGAGAUGCUGUACGUGGAAAACCUUCCUUCUAUCGAUAUCCCCGAAAUCAUGCGUGUGGAGCUUCCCCGAGAUGAUUCCGUGGUGAUUACCGGUGUUUCAGAAGCAGAUGUACCUGCAAAAAGCUGCAAAGAGACAAGAGCUGGAGAGACUAGAGCUGGAGAGACUAAGGCAAAAGACAAAACAGAUGAACCAAUGGCAGCAAAGAGGACACAAGCAGCAGAGCCAGAGGUGCCCGUGUACUGGACCAAGUGUAAGAAAUGUCGCCGCUCGACCGAAAGGCGCUACCACCUGGUCGACGUAUUGCCCAACUCCCACGAGUGGCUGAACAUCUGUACUCCGUUCCUGAGCGUGGAUUUCGUCGUUCAGAGACUGGCUAGGAUUCAGAACCAGUCUCUCUGGCAUCGACUGCAGUGUGAGCAGCAGCUGAUGCGCAGGAGCCACGUGGCCGGGUUCGACCUGAACGAACGGCUCCUCUAUCACACCUCGCGGGCCAAGACAGAGGUCAUCUGUGCGGAGGGUUUAGACCAGAGGCUGGGAGCUGUCGGAAGCUUCGGGAGAGGGAUUUAUUUCAGUGACAACCCAAGGAAGUGUGACAUGUACUGGCAUUGUCACUCACAGUCGUCAUCCACAAGGACGAUGUUUGCCUGCAGAGUAUUGCUGGGUGACAUCAAGGUUUAUGCAGCUGGAAAAGUGGACCAGUCUCUAGUGAGGGAGCCGUCCAAGCCUGGUCGCCGUGGGCAUCAGCCAUAUGACUCAGUAUUGGGGAAUAAGGGGUUCAAUGAAUUUGUUGUGUACAACACCUAUCGAGUGAUGCCAGAGUAUGUGAUCGAGUAUGAAGGAAGCCGGAUUCCGCCGCAGAUUGCAGGAGUCUCCCCCACGAAUCCUCACGCCGCCCGUCCCUCUCUGCCCAUGUGUCACAUGUGUGGCGAUCUGACCACCAUAUGUCGCUGCCGCUGCAUGUCCAACUAGUAGCGACACACGGCUACGUAUGUACUCAGACACUGUGACCUAUGUACAGUUGUGAUCAUAAUUUAUCAUCAUGCUCAGUCCCGUUGUACUGUCUACCUGUAUCACUUCGAUUUUUUAGUUUUAAGUUUUAUUCUCUCAAUAAUGCCUACAUAUAUUAUUAUAGCUACAGCUUCAUUCAAACUCAUUCAGAUCACCUCAUGACUAUAAUAAUGUGAAAAAUACUAAAACCAAUGAGAUUGUUGGAGUUCUGUUCUCACGUGUGUGAAACUGCUGCUGCACUGUUAGCGAAUGUGGUCAACGUUCGAGUAUGUCACGCUGCUGUAGUGUUCUUCAGUACUCAUUUCCAUGCUCAUCACAACUUCUGUACACCCUUCACUAUUGCUGCUGAUUAUCUGUGAUGCCUCAAUGACGGACGGCAUUCCCAUUUCGUCUUCGACUGUGGUUGUCUCACGUAAGAGAAGGAGAAUGAGUGCGUCGAUCGAGAGAACAACUUCGAGAACAUUUGCUGCUUCCAAUCGAAAAGGUUGUGCAAAUCCGUAGGAACCCAGUAUAAGUAUUAGUACGACAGUAGCUAGAUACUGCAGUUGAAGAAAGGAAUGAUUCAAAGUGUUUCAGGUAUGUAGUAUGCAAAGAUAUGUAUAUACCUCAUUGCUUGGGAGAGAAACAGUGAAGAGGAUAA